GCCUACUAACUCUUAAGGUGGAUUGCAGACUAAGGAAGAUGGCUACUGCACUCUCUGAUAUUUUGAGAGUCACAUCUAGCUUACUUAUGCUUAUGCUACUAAUGUUUUGCAUGGGAGCAAUUAACUUGGAGGCCCAAGUUGGGAGCCUUGCUCCUGAUGAAGUGGAAGCUCUACUUGAAGUAGCAACACAACUGGGCAAAAAAGGCUGGAAUCGCAAUAUGAAACUGUGCAAUGAUACAAUUUUACCUCCAAAGCCAGAUGCUGACAAUAAAGUUGUUUGCAACUGCUCAUUUCCUGGGGGUGUGUGCCGCGUUAUUGCAAUAUAUCUCAAAAGGCAAGAUCUUGAUGGCAGUCUCCCAAAAGCUAUCGAGAAACUACCACAACUCAAACAUCUAGAUCUCUGGGCCAACUACCUGAGUGGCAAUAUACCAUCUGAAUGGGCUAAUACCAAGCUGGAAACAUUGUCUAUCGGCGUGAAUCACUUGACAGGAAAAAUCCCUAGCUAUCUGGGAAAUAUUACCACACUUAGAUCAUUGAACGUUCAGAACAAUAUGUUUUCUGGAACUGUUCCCCCUGAGCUUGGAGGCUUGGUUAACCUGGAGAAUCUAACUCUCAGUGCCAAUAAUCUCACUGGAGAGUUACCCCAGGCUCUCACUAAUCUUACCGGAUUGAAGGAACUAAGGCUUAGCAGCAAUAACUUCACUGGAAGAAUACCUGAUUUUAUUCAGAGCUGGAAACAACUUGAUACAUUAGAGAUCCAAGCUGGUGGUUUCACUGGACCCAUUCCUUCAAGCAUCUCUCUCUUGACUAAUCUAACUGAUCUAAAAAUAAGUAACUUACUUGGAGAUGGUUCAGAGUUUCCCAACCUAGAAGCUAUAGCAGGCAUUAAGUAUCUGAUGUUGAGCAACUGCAACUUGUCAGGACAUUUUCCCAUAUAUUUGACAAGAAUGGCAAAGCUGAAAAUUUUGGAUCUCAGUUUCAACAGAUUAAAUGGUUCACUUCCAACAAAUUAUGAUGGCCUGAAAAGCUUGGAGAAAAUGUAUCUUACAAGGAACAUGCUUACAGGGCCCAUCCCAGAUUGGAUCGACAAAAGAGAUACUCGCUACGAAAUCGAUCUUUCUUACAACAAUUUUACUUCGGAAGCAAAAUGUAGAGAAACACUAAAUCUGUUCAAAAGUACUUGGGGAGGGAACUAUUCGAAACCUGUUGAGUGCCUGAGUGCUUGUUCUGAAGAGCGAUAUUCAGUGCACAUAAAUUGUGGGGGACCAGAAGCCACCAUUGGAAACACCAUCUACGAAGCAGAUAAUGAGCCAGGAGGUGCAGCAAAAUAUGCGUCCAAAAGAGAGGACUGGCAAACAAGUAACACAGGACAUAUCUGGGAUGUUCCUGCUUCAUUGGAUAACUACAUAGCACAAAACAAGUCCAUGCUCAGAAUGGACAACUCUGCAUUGUACACAAAUGCACGCCUCACUCCUUUGUCUCUCACAUACCACGUUCCCUGUCUGGUAAAUGGGAAUUACAAAAUCAAGCUGCACUUUGCAGAGAUAGUAAUCAGGGAUAACAGAUCCUACUACAGUCUAGGAAGACGGAUAUUUGAUGUUUAUAUUCAGGACAUUGUUGUGCUGAAGGAUUUUGAUAUAGUGAAGGCAGUGGGAGGGGUGGAUAAGGUAUACAUUCAUAAUUAUACAGCACCUGUAACCAAUGGAGCUUUAGAGAUCCGCCUUCAUUGGGCUGGGAAAGGAACAACAAUGUCUCCCAAAAAAGGAAUAUAUGGUCCUCUAAUAUCAGCCAUUGAUGUGGAAUCUGACUUCAAGCCACCUGAUAAAGGCAGGAGGAAGAGAUUCAUUGUCGCUGGAGCUGUGGUUUUGUCAUCAUUCCUCAUUCUCAUACUUCUUUCCACUCUUUGGUGGAAAGGUUAUUUGGGUGGAAGGAAAUCGAGGGAUCGAGGGGCAGACCUUGUUGGGUUAGAUCUGCUAACUGGUAUCUUCACCUUCAGACAAAUCAAAGCUGCAACGAAUGACUUUGAUCCAGCAAACAAACUUGGAGAAGGUGGUUUUGGCUGCGUCUACAAAGGAGUACUAUCAGAUGGCACUCAGAUUGCGGUUAAGCAGCUUUCAGCGAAAUCAAAACAGGGCAAUCGGGAGUUUGUGAACGAAAUAGGCAUGAUUUCUGCUUUGCAACACCCAAAUCUUGUUAGAUUGUAUGGAUGUUGCAUUGAGGGGAAGCAAUUGUUGCUGGUAUAUGAGUACAUGGAAAACAAUAGCCUUGCGCAUGUUUUGUUCGGGACAAAGGAAAUAAAGGCAACGAAGCUAGACUGGCGUACAAGGCAGAGGAUAUGUGUAAGUAUAGCGAAAGGUCUGGUUUUCCUGCAUGAGGAGUCGACACUCAAAAUUGUUCAUAGAGACAUAAAAGGUACCAAUAUCCUUCUUGACAAGGACAUGAACGCCAAGAUAUCUGAUUUUGGAAUGGCCAAGCUUGAUGACGAGGACAACACCCACAUUGACACCAGAGUUGCUGGAACAAUGGGAUACAUGGCACCGGAAUAUGCAUUAUAUGGUUACUUAACUUACAAGGCAGAUGUAUACAGCUUUGGUGUUGUAGCAUUGGAAAUUGUUUCUGGGAUGAACAACGUCAAAUUUAGGAGGGAUGAAAAUUUUGUAUGCCUUCUAGAUAGGGUUCUAUAUUUACAAAAAAAUGGGGACAUAAUGGAGAUGGUUGAUCCAAGAUUGGGGUCUGAAUUCAACAAGAAAGAAGUGGUUAGAAUGAUCAAUGUAGCCCUGCUAUGCACAAAUCAGUCUCCAGCACUUAGACCUACAAUGUCUACGGUAGUGAGCAUGCUUGAAGGAAAAACUGAUGUCGAGGAACUAGUCAUGGUUCCAAGCACAUUGGGUGAUCCAUCAGGGUUUUCUACGUCCUUACAUAAUAAGUUUGCUCAACCUUCUGUCAAUGGAAGUUUAACUGAAACUCAGUCCCUCGUGAAGUCAUCGGAGGGACCAUGGACUGCUUCUUCCUCUUCAUCAGCCCAGGAUCUUUAUCCAAUUAGUAAAAGCUGAUGCCACGAACCACAAAUUUUUUAUCAUGAAAAAUCAUGAAUAAGAAACAGAUUAAAACUAAAAAGUCACCAAAGUACUUUUUAUAGUUAGUGUUUCCUGGUAUGAAUAGUUAGUUACUCAUUAAUCAAUACUUAUUAUUGCUAGUAUAUAUAUCCUGUAGUUAAUGGAGUGAUUAUAUGUAAUAUUGACUUUAUUUAUGUAAAAAUAUAUUUUUUUAUUUAUAAUAA